UUUCAUAAACCUGGACGUGUAUAACUUUCCCGGACUGUUAUGAUCGAACUCCGCAUAAACUUUUUUCUGAUAGAGAUCUUGUUUUGGCUUCAAUAGUUCAACCAUUCGAUUUUCGAACAAAUUUCCUCACAACUCGCGUGAUACGGAGAUCGUAGCACCAUGGAUGUUCGACCACAAUUGGACUGGGAAAACUAUUUCAUGGCUGUGGCGGCUAUAUCUGCCAAAAGAUCGAAGUUAGAGAACAAAGUUGGCGCUGUGAUUGUGACAGAUGACAACAGGAUUGUCGGCGCAGGGUAUAACGGCACCCCGCUGAAUCAUCCCGACCCUGGCAAUGUUGUAUGCGACGCAACUACAAAUGCUAUAUUAUUCCGGUGUGUGGCGGAUCUGCGCGGCACCUCCAUGUUCACAACCGCCCUUCCCAGUCCAGAGGCCGCUAAACUGAUUGUCCAAUCUCGGAUCAAGAUUCUUUACUUCCUCGAAAGGAGUGGAGUCAACGUGCCUGAAGACAUCGCUAGCCUCUUUGCAACGGCACAGGUGGACUUGCGCCACUUUAUACCUCAGCAUAGGGAAGUCGUGGUGAACUUUGCCGCACUUGGAGAGACACGCGAGGCUCAAUUACCGGAACAGCCGUCCUCGAAUGGGAGAAGCGAAUAGAUGGUUGAAGAUAUUGGUCGAGCUCCGAGUACUAGUUAGAUGGCGCUGUAGCGCCAUAGCGUUUAUAUGCCCUUUGCGGUCGUUUAGGGCUAUCGACCAACAUGAAAGCUCUUGUGUGCGUAUUAUCCUCUUAACCCUUUUAUAAGAUAGUGGAACAAUAUUCCAAUCCAAGGCAAGGGUUUGUUUACAAACAGAGGUAUACAAUGCUGUACAAAAAAGCACACUGAUGUACACAAAACUCCGGAGCCGAGGAAUUGAACAUUCACAUUAUGGCAGGUAUAAAAUUCAAACAUUCCAGGUGGUGCAGGAAGAACCAACUGAUGAUGUACAUUGUGCUGUACUGAAAUAAAGUUUUUUUUAUAGUUUCAUGCCUAUGUUUUAAAAUUGUACAUUCAUAUGUUCACUAAAAGCUCAUACCUGUGACAAGGUAAUUAGAAUAUAAACAUGAAACUAUCUAAACUUUAUAUCAGUACAGCACAAUGUACAUCAUCAAUUUGUUCUUCCUGCACCACCUGGAAUGUUUGAAUUACAUACUGCUAUAAUUUUUUAGAUGAGUAGAUGUAGAUUGAUUUUUAUGCGGUUUUCACACUUGCGUUUCUUAUGUUAUGCCCUAUUCAUAGUUAGGCAUGUUGUUUAUGGUCCCGAUUGAGGACGAUUCGCGAGGACGAUUCGUCUAGAAAUAGAACCUAGGCGGGAAAUUCCAAAAAUAGUUCUCAAAUGGAUAAAAGAGGGCGCUUUAAUCAGCGGGAAAUUAGUUGAGAAAUAGUUUUCAAAUAGAUAAAAUAGGACGCAUCAUCAGCGCAGCGAGAAAUUCAAAUUAUGAAUUGAAACCAGGCCAUACUACUACAAGCUUGCAUCGGUACGAUCGAUAGUUGUACAUAUAUUUCUCAAUAUAUCGUAUUUAUAUACAUCUGUGAUAUAAAAAAUAUAAUGCUUCAAGUUGAA